AUGAGCGAAGUCGACCCAUCUGCCACUCUCGCGUCCCUGUCGGCCGCCGUCACCCAGCUCGACUCGGCCCUCGCCCCGCUCCUCGCCAAACCGCUCGCCGACCACCUCGAACUCGAGCAGCCCCUCGUCCAGGCUCGCGCGCAGGUCCUCGCCUCCUACGUCGUGCAUGACCUCGUCUGGGUCUACCUCAAGGCGGCCGGCGUCGACCCGGCAUCGCACCCCGUCAUGGCCGAGAUCGACCGCCUCAAGACCUACUUCAGCAAGCUCAAGGGCGCCCAAGCCGGCGUCGUCCCCUCGUCCUCGGCCUCGACGCCCGCCCAGCAGCAGCAUCGCCGCAUGCACAUCGACCGCCAGGCCGCAGGCCGCUUCAUCAACGCCGCCAUCGCGUCGCAGCGCGCCACCGUCGACCCGGCGUACGACGGCGGCGACGGCGCCGACACGGACCCCGAGGCCGGACCCUCGGGGACCCACACGCGCUUCAGUGGCGAUGAGGGCGAGGGCGAUGAGGUCGAGGCGGGCGAGCGCGCGGCACCGGUCGACGCCGAGGUCGACCGGCUGCUCGAGGCCGAGCCGGCGGACGACGAGGUCGAGGUCGAGGGCGGCGCGGCCGACGAGGCGGUCGUCCUGAGUGCGGGUGCGGGCGCGAGCGACGCCAUUGUCGAGGAGGCUGGGACGCCGGCCAAGGGCAAAGGCAAGGGCAAGGGCAAGGAGGCGGCGGGCGGUAAGAAGCGCAAGUCGCUCGACCCUUUCGCCGGCUACGACGAGGCGAAACCCUCGACCCCUCGGUCCUCGUCCACCGCCGGCGCCAAGGCCAAGCCGCCCGCCUCUUCCUCCGCCACCAAGCGCCAGCGCACCUCGGCCCCUGCCUCGCCCGCACCCGCCGCACCCGACUCGGGCGCCUCGACGCCGACCAGUGCCAAGGCCAAGGCCAAGGGCAAGAAGGGCGCUGCGGCCGUCGAGGGCGAGGGCGAGCGCGUGUCGAAGAACCAGAAGAAGAAGCUGCGCAUGAAGCAGGCGCAGGCGGCAGAGGGGCAGCAGUAGACGAGCGUGCUGGAGCUCGUGCUCGGUGGAGGUGGCAACGCGUCGAUGCUCUGCCCGUCGCACGCGAGCGCGCUGUCGCGAGAGAGUACGAGAAGCUCGAGAGCUUUUGUGCGCUUUCCCGGUGCGCGCUCCCUCGCAGGCUUUGACGGGUGCUCUCGCGA